AUGGAUCUUUGCGGCAGUAUUCAGACGGCUGCCGAUGUGGCAAACAAAAGAAUUAUGUAUGAGGAUAUUAAGAGAGCAAUAGGCCUAAUCCUUGCCAAGUCAGUUCCCAUCAGGUCAAAAACAGGAAAAGCGCCUGGGGGUGAUAGCAUCUCUCCGGAGGUCAUAAAAAAUAGGAAAGGGUCACCGUUGAAGCCACUGCAUGCGUUUUUCUGUCUUUGCUGGGAGCAGGAUCACAUCCCUCAAGAAAUGAGAGAUGCCAACAUUAUCACGCUGUACAAAAAUAAAGGCUGCUUAGCUAUUAGCUGCCUAAUCUGCUUAGUCAUUCUCGGCGGUGUAGGAAUCACUAACAUUGGUUAUAGUUUCACCAUCGUCUCUCGAGACGAAAGAACUCCGACGGCGAAAACAUUAAUAAUCCGAAACGGCAACAACAACUAA